CACAAGAAGAUCAUUUUCUCUCCUUUCCGCGUGCUCUGGCCACGUUUGAGCAAAGUUCGAAGAAGAGGCCUACCGGAUACCUCGCGCCAAAACCACCUCCCCCUUUGCUCUGCCGCUCUGUAUACCCGUUCUGGAUUAUCGUCUUUCUGGUUCUUGUUCUUGCUGCCAAGGAGGGAGAAAGAGGAUCAUAAAUCAUAAUCCAUCAAUUAAUCGCACCUGAACCGCGAUGUGUCCAUCAAUUCUCGGCUGAAUUGAAGACCGAUCGAUCCUCCCAUGGCGACGGAGCCGCAGCAGGCGCCGCGGCGGGACAACGACAACGGCGACCAGGUCUCUCCCCGGAGCGUCCUCCUCCACAACACCGGCCACACCACAACGGCGCCGACCGACGCCACAUUAAACAACGACUCCACGGAGCCAUCGCCGUCGCCGUCGCCGAGAAGCGCCGACGAGGCGCCCCAAUGGAAGGGCGCCAUGGACACUUGGAGGUCCAAGACCAAGCGCCGGCUGCUGGCGCCCACCAUGUCAUCCCUCCGCACCCUCAGCAUCCGCACCGGCACUCCAUCCACAACGAACAAAUGGCGGUGGCCAACGAUGACAACAACAGGCCUCCACCACAGCCUGGCAGAGCACGAGCUCUGCGCGCUGCGUCUCUCCUUCAGGACCUUCACCUUAUCCGAGCUCAAGAAGGCCACGGCCAACUUCAGCAAGGACAACGUGGUGGGCAAGGGCGGCCACGCCAUGGUGUACCGCGGCCGGCUCCCCGACGGCACCCUCGUCGCCGUCAAGCGCCUCUCCCAGACGUCCUCCUCAACGUCCCUGACGGCGCCGGAGAGGAUGGAGAGCUUCCUGUCGGAGCUGGGCCACGCCGUGAACGUGCGCCACGCCAACGUGGCCCGGCUCGUCGGUGUCGGCGUCGAUGGCGGCGAGCAUCUGGUUUUCCCUUUCUCACGACUAGGAUGCCUCUCGAGAAGGUUGCAUGAGGGGGGAGCCGAGGGGGCCAUGCCGUGGGACGCGAGGUUUCGGGUCGCGGUCGGCGCGGCGGCCGGGCUCGAGUACCUCCAUGAGAGGUGUGCGAGGAGGAUCGUGCAUAGGGAUGUCAAGCCCGCCAACAUCCUCCUCAAAGAUGACUACGAGCCCCUGAUCUGUGAUUUUGGGCUGGCCAAGUGGAUGCCGGCCAAGACGACGCACUACCAAGUGACCACCUUCGAAGGCACAUUUGGUUACGUGCCGCCGGAGUACACGACGCACGGCAUCUACAACGAGAAGACGGACGUGUUCGCGUUCGGCGUCGUGCUCCUGGAGCUCCUCACGGGCCGGCGCGCCGUGGACGGCAAGAACCUGAGCCUGGUGACAUGGGCGAGGCCGUUCCUGGGGAGCAAGGACGAGGUGUUCAAGAUGGUCGACCCGGCGUUGGGGGGCCGCUACGACAUGGACCAGCUCGGCCGGGUGCGGGACGCUGCCAAGCUCUGCAUCCAUGCCUCGCCGGCGCUCCGGCCGCAGAUGAGCCAGGUGGCCAGGAUGUUGAGGGGCGAGGAGGAGACGGCGGCGCACCGGAGGGCGAGAAGCGAUCAGAGCGUUGUUGAGGUGAAUGAGGCGGAUUGUUAUGAGACGUUGACGCCCCGGAGGUCCCAGGAUGAUCUCAGCCGGCACCAGGCGCUGGCUUUCGACUUCUAGGGCCGGGGCGGCAGGGAUGCCGAUGUGGAAUGUGAUGAAAUGAUCGAUGCCUAAUUGGUUAAAGUGGGUCUAGAAUAUCUGAAUAUGUGUAUAUCAUUUUAGCACAGAACUUGUUCUUCUUUUUUGCGA